AUGUCGGAGAUCCAAGAAGAAAUCCACAAAGGUCCCGGACAGGGCGAGAAGACCGAUCCCACGCUCGCCAAAGUCGACUCCGUCGAGAUCGGAAAGAUCGCAGCCAUCGAUGACGCCGAGACCAGAGACUUCUACGGGUCCUCGACGACGGACUCGUACCGGCUGAAGUCGGAGCUUGUCUCGAGAUGUUUGGAAGAGGUCGGCAUGGGACGAUACCAAUGGGAACUCUUCAUCGUCACCGGAUUCGGAUACAUCGUUGACAACCUUGCCUCCCAGGGUAUCGGCAGCGUCCAGCCGCCCAUCGAAACCGAAUUCAAACACAUCGUCCAGGUCAGCUACAGCUCCGUGGCGUACUAUAUCGGCCUCAUCCUCGGCGCGUCGUUCUGGGGUAUCUCCUCCGACUUCAUCGGCCGGAAGCCUGCGUUCAACUGUACUCUGCUGAUCGCCGGCGUCUUCCUCUGUGCGUGUGCCGGGGCGAUGAAUUUCGUCGCCUUCAGUGCGCUCUGGGCUGUUAUUGGAACUGCUGCCGGCGGGAAUGUUCCGGUGGACUCGUUGAUUUUUUUGGAGUUUCUGCCUGCGAGCCACCAAUGGCUGCUCACUUCUCUCUCCGGAUGGUGGAACAUGGGCCAGCUUAUCGUCUCCCUGAUUGCUUGGGUCUUCCUGGCCAAUUUCAGCUGUCCCACCGACAGCACGCCGGAGACAUGCAAGCGGAGCGAGAACAUGGGGUGGAGAUACACCCUAAUCACCCUCGGGGGCUUGGCCCUAGUCUUCACCUUCGUCCGAACAUUCGUCUUCAAGAUGCCCGAAACCCCCCGCUACCUCCUCUCGCAGGGCAGGGACAAGGAGGCCGUCGACGCUGUCAACUACGUCGCCCGACGCAACGGGAAGCCCGAGCCAUUGACCCUGGACAUGUUGCAGGCCAUUGACAUCCAGCUGGGCGUCGAGGUUCACAAUGACAGCGACAGAAGCACGGGGUUGUCGAAGCGUGAGAUCCUCCGGGAGAACCUCGAGUCGUUCCAUGGGGUCAAGUACAAGGCUCUGUUUGCGACGAGGAAGCUGGCGCAGCAUACUGCUCUUACGUGGUUUAUCUGGCUGACUAUCGGAAUCGCAUACCCCCUCUACUUCAACUUCCUCCCGUCCUACCUCGCCACGAAAUUCACCCAAAACGCCUCUCUCAACCUCACAUACAGAAACUACUGCAUCACCUCCGCUGUCGGUAUCGUGGGCCCCGUCUCCGCCGGCUUCCUCGUCAACGUCCCCCGGUUCGGCCGUAGAUGGAUGAUGGGCAUCUCAGCCAUCAUCACCGGCGUGUUCCUGUUCGCCUACGUCGGCGUCAAUAGCCCGACGUCCAGUUUGGCUUUUUCGUGCGUGACGGGGCUUUUGGGGAAUUUCGAAUAUGCCGUCAUGUACGCCUUCACUCCCGAAUCCUUUCCAGGACCGCAUCGAGGCACUGGAACUGGAACGGCUGCCACGCUGCUUCGGUUUGGUGGGCUGAUCGCCAGUAUAAUAUCCUCGCAGUGUGGUUUUACGACUGCGCCUAUUUAUGCCAGUGCCGCGCUCUGGGUGGCUGUGGGGGCCAUCUGCUUCGCGUUGCCAUUUGAGACGCAAGCUCAUGCUGCUAUUUAACGUGAGAGCAGCCUGUAUUGUAUGGGUUUGGAGAUAUGGUCGAUUGUACAGAAUGGCUUGGGAAUACUUCAAACUGGCAUGCGUGACUGCUUGUCGGCUAGGGCUAGGAUAGAGAACCGC